AUGGCUGCUUCCCGUUCGACUCGUGUCACAAGAUCUACUGUGGGAUUAAACGGGCUGGAUGAAAACUUCUGUGGUCGCACCCUGAGAAACCGCAGCAUCGCUCACCCUGACGAGGUCGUCCCCCCGGCGCUUUUGAGGUCUAGGUCUCCUAAGAAAAGGCCAGAACCUGUUCAGAUCCAAAAGGGAAGCCUCAACAAGGGCAGCGAACUCAAACAGCCAAGCCCUCGGGAGUCUUGGGUAAGCCCAAGAAAGAGAGGCCUGUCUAUUUCAGAAAAGGACAGUUGCGACAAAGACAGUGUGGAAAACAGCGACAAGAAAUCGUCGGGAGCUUUGUCGCCUGUGUUGAAGAAAAUUAAGCGUUACCUUCGCUCUGAGGAAAUCAGUAGCCCGGAGGAAGAAUUGUCUGGUACAUUUCACAAGGAGCCCUCGGAAAGGAGGCACUCUGAAUCUGACCAUGAAACAGACACAUCCCGUUCUAAACGAGCUAAUCGAUAUCUUUUACUGGAUGAUAGUAACCAAAGGGAAAUCAAAACCGAAACGGAGUCUGAGGAAAUUGUAAAAAAUUCCUUACCUGAUGGUGACGCGUUUAAACCAUCAGAUUGUUAACGGUAUUGACAACAACGAGACUGCUGCUGUAAAUUGUAAUAACUGUCUUUCAGAUGGGAGUGUUAAACAGAAUAAUGUUAGUACGGUCACCUCCCCGAACUUAACAGAGAAUGGGGAUUCGCUGACUCCUUGCUCUGCACCCGUUAACAGUGAGACAGACAGUCUUUCAGACCAUAAUGUGCCUUGCACGCACUCUGAGGAACAGGCAGACAAACAGGACCAUGAAUUAAAUAACUGCCUACCUAUCGAUCAUGUCAAUCAGACCAAUGAAUCAACAACUUCCUGCGCGGAAGCCCUACUGAUCGUACGGGACUCUGAGGAGGAACUUGACGUUGUAGGCGAUGGCAUUUCCAAGGAACAAGCUGCUCGAUCCCCACACAGUGUACCUAGCCUCAGUCAGGAGGACAAGCCUGUUUGUGGUGGGGAUUUCCCCAUGUCUGAGGUGGCAGAGGGACCCUCGCUUGAGCUGUGUUUUUCCGACACUCAAGAACAUAGGUAUACCUUAAGAACUUCACCAAGGAAGCUCGUAUCUGUCAAAGACAGCUCAUCCAAAAACGCCUCUCCGUGUGGGGAGAAUGGACAGGCCGAGGAGAGUUCCAACGAGGAUAGUAGACUUUCCUCUGCGGUUAAUGGAACCGUAACGACCGCUGAAGAGGCGGCUUCGAGUGACAAAAGGCAGACUUGUUCUUCUGCAAAGUGUUCGCAGGAUAAGCCGGCUGUCUGCGCCUCCUCCAGCACAGAGUGUAUGGCGCUUUCCCGCCAAAGAUAGCGGCAGCGUGCAACCUGCAGACGAGGAAGAGGACGAGCCCGAUGUGUACUUCUUUGAGUCCGAUCACCUGGCUUUGAAACACAACAAAGAUUAUCAGAGGCUUUUACAGACGAUCUCGGUGCUGGAGGCUCAGCGAUCACAAGCCGUGUUAGACAUUGAGAAGUUAACCCAACACCAGACGGACGCGCUGGUCGAUCCUAUUGGAUUUGUGGAGAAGCUUCAAACCAAGAUGGAUAUCGGGAUUCCUCGCCCUCAGAGGAUCGUUCAGUUACCAGAAGUUUCUUGGGACCAGUAUACUUCAGCUCUUGGAAAUUUUGAACGAGAGUUCAGAAACAGGAAACGGAAUUCAAGAAGAGUGAAGCUCAUUUUUGAUAAAGCUGGGCUACACGCCAAUUCUCAGAGAACAGGAGAAAAAGAUGGAGAGCCUUCCUGUUAUUCUGUCCUGCCCCAGAGUGAUGGUCAGGAAAGCUCUGCGAUUAAUGUGUCCCAGGUAAGAGGCCGACUAUGUAUGGACUCCAAGCCAGGGACCUUUAAUCAGUUGUGGACAGUGGAAGAACAGAAAAAACUGGAGCAACUGCUUUUGAAGUACCCCCCGGAAGAGGUGGAGGCCAAGCGGUGGCAAAAGAUCGCUGAUGAGUUGGGAAACAGGACUUCCAAACAGGUGGCCAGUCGAGUGCAGAAGUACUUUAUAAAACUGACCAAAGCUGGCAUCCCAGUGCCAGGGCGAACUCCAAACCUUUACAUGUAUUCUAAAAAGCCUACCAAUAAGCGACAGCAUAUCCUCAACAAACACCUCUUUAAACCCUCUACCUUCAUGACAUCCCACGAGCCUCCUGUGUUCAUGGAAGAGGAUGAUGACCACUCCAGUUUCCACAGCCGGGACCUCGACACAGCUGCUGACGAUGAUGAUGAAGUCUCGGAUGAGGAGUCCAUUCCCACUGCUUACCAUAGCCUACCAGAGUAUAAAGAGCUACUUGAAUUGAAGAAACUGAAGAAAAGAAGACUCCAAGAGAUGGAGGCUGACAGUGGAUUUAUGCAGCACGUUGGCUUCAAAUGUGAUAACUGCAGGACAGAACCUAUCCAGGGUAUCCGGUGGCAUUGCCAGGACUGUCCUCCUCAAAUGUCUGUGGACUUUUGUGACUCGUGCUCAGACUGUUUGUACGAAACGGAAACCCACAAAGAGGAUCACCACCUGGAGCCUGUGUACAAGGCAGAGACAUUCCUAGAUCGAGAUUACUGCAUGCCACAUGGCACCAGUUACAAUUACCUGGACCCAAACUAUUUUCCGGCAAACAGAUGA